ACCGCUCCGGGCGAGCCCAGCCCCAGCUCUUCUAACCUUGACUGGGCAGGCCAGCUGCCUCCCAGGAAGGCAGAGGGAGGGAGGAGCGCACCAAGUGGACCAAGUGGCCUCGGGAAGGAUGUGGGCAUGGCCAGGAGCAGCCUUGUUCUGGGGUCCGGGUGAUGAUAGAGAAGGCUGCCCGGAGUCGGGGCCCUGACCCUCCUCCUCCUGCUCUCACCCCAGGGCUCAUGAAGGGAGACAAGCGAGAGGAGCAGGGGCUGGGCCCCGAACCGGAGGCCCCCCGGCAGCCCACGGAAGAGGAGGAGGCCCUGAUUGAGUUCCACCGCUCCUACCGAGAGCUCUUCCAGUUCUUCUGCAACAACACCACCAUCCAUGGCGCCAUCCGCCUGGUGUGCUCCCAGCACAACCGCAUGAAGACGGCCUUCUGGGCUGUGCUCUGGCUCUGCACCUUCGGCAUGAUGUACUGGCAGUUCGGCCUGCUGUUCGGAGAGUACUUCAGCUACCCCGUCAGCCUCAACAUCAACCUCAACUCCGACAAGCUUGUCUUCCCGGCCGUGACAGUCUGCACCCUCAAUCCCUACAGGUACAAGGAAGUCAAAGAGGAGCUGGAGGAGCUGGACCGCAUCACGGAGCAGACGCUCUUCGACCUCUACAAGUACAACUCCUCCAGCACCCUGGGGGCCCAUCCCCGCGCCCGCCGGCUCCGCGCCCCCCUGCCGCACCCCCUGCAGCGCCUGCCGGCCCCGCCCCCGCCGCGCCGCGCCCGCAGCGCCGCCUCCAGCGUGCGCGACAACGGCCCGCAAGUGAACAGGAAGGACUGGAAGAUCGGCUUCCAGAUGUGCAACCAGAACAAAUCGGACUGCUUCUACCAGACGUACUCAUCAGGGGUGGACGCGGUGAGGGAGUGGUACCGCUUCCACUACAUCAACAUUCUGUCGCGGCUGUCAGCUACCUCUCCCACCCUGGAGGAGGAUGCACUGGGCAACUUCAUCUACACCUGCCGCUUCAACCAGGAAUCCUGCAACCAGGCGAAUUACUCUCAGUUCCACCACCCAAUGUAUGGCAACUGCUACACUUUCAAUGACAAAAAUAACUCCAACCUCUGGAUGUCAUCCAUGCCUGGAAUCAACAAUGGUCUGUCUCUGACAGUGCGCACAGAGCAGAACGACUUCAUCCCGCUGCUGUCCACGGUGACCGGGGCCAGGGUCAUGGUGCACGGCCAGGAUGAGCCUGCCUUUAUGGAUGAUGGCGGCUUUAACUUGCGGCCUGGUGUGGAGACCUCCAUCAGCAUGAGGAAGGAAGCCCUGGACAGACUUGGGGGCGAUUAUGGUGACUGCACUAAGGAUGGCAGUGACGUCCCUGUGAAGAACCUUUACAAGUCUUCCAAGUACACGCAACAGGUGUGCAUUCACUCCUGCUUCCAGGAGAGCAUGAUCAAGGAGUGCGGCUGCGCCUACAUCUUCUACCCUCGGCCUGACGGUGUGGAGUUCUGUGACUACAGGAGGCACGACUCCUGGGGUUACUGCUACUAUAAGCUCCAAGAUGCCUUCUCCUCGGACCGCCUGGGCUGUUUCACCAAGUGCCGGAAGCCUUGCAGUGUGACCAGCUACCAGCUCUCUGCGGGAUAUGCGCGAUGGCCCUCGGUGACAUCCCAGGACUGGGUUUUCCAGAUGCUCUCCCGACAGAACAAUUACACCAUCAACAACAAGAGAAAUGGAGUUGCCAAACUCAACAUCUUCUUCAAGGAGCUGAACUACAAAACCAAUUCCGAGUCGCCUUCAGUCACAAUGGUCACCCUCCUCUCCAAUCUGGGCAGCCAGUGGAGCCUGUGGUUUGGCUCCUCCGUGCUGUCUGUGGUGGAGAUGGCUGAGCUUAUCUUCGACCUUCUGGUCAUCACAUUCCUCAUGCUGCUCCGGAGGUUCCGCAGCCGAUACUGGUCUCCAGGCCGAGGAGGCAGGGGUGCCCGGGAGGUGGCCUCCACCCCAACUUCCUCUCUCCCCUCCCGUUUCUGCCCCCAUCCCUCCUCGCCCUCCUCAGUCCCACCAGGCCCUGCGACAACCCUGGCCUUGACAGCCCCUCCACCUGCCUAUGCCACCCUGGGGCCCCGCCCAACGCCUCCAGGCUUGGUGGACCCCAACUCUUCUGCCUCUGCUGGAGAGGGGCUCUGAGGAGGGGGAGAAUGUCUUCUCCCCCAGGCAGGCAUCUCCUGGGAGGGCGGGACCAGCCUUGGCAGGAUUAAAGAAUGUUUUGGGCUUCUCUCAGAGUCCAGUUGCCUCUGGUGUGGGGAAGGGAGCAGGAUGGACAAGAGAUUAUAGAAAUGGCCAGCAGAACCGGGGCCAGGGAAGCUGCCCAGAACUGUCCUGGCUUCUUCCCCCUGCAACCUGGUCCUGCCUCUAGAACACUCUGGUUUCCUUAUCCAAGCGCAGACAACUCUCCUUUUCCCUCAGAUCAGGCAAGCCAGACUUGGAGCUGUGACAAGGAGCUUGCUUAGGAGACAUGAGAUAGUCGAGCACAAAACAUAAACAAGGACACACAAAGGCAGGGACAGGUUUCCCGCCCAAGAGUGAUCGCAGCCAGCCCCACUGGCCUGGUCACACUGUUUCCCGUGACACAUACAUUUGUUCUGCUUGAACUUGGGUGGGGAACCUCACCCAAAAGCCAUCUUGUUUAGUUCAUGUCAAUUCCACUUCCCUAACUCUCCAGGGCAGGGGCUGGAGCAGAUAACGUAGUAAAGGUAUGACUAUACUCAGCCCCAGGACUCAUCCUGUGUCACCUGCCCCAUGACCCCACAGAGCCACACCCUAGCAGCUCUGCCCUCUAUCCUUCAUGACACAUUGGCCUCUGCCAAGCAUAUUUUCUCAACCUAUUUUCUUAGGCUGGAAGCUUCCCCUACCAUCUACUGGCAAACUCCUAUGCAUCCCUUAGAACCCUCCUCAGGCACCACCACUUAUGUGAGGGUUUAUGCCAUAUCUUGUUUUCUGUAGAACUGAUGACUCUCCCUCCCCUGGAUUCCUUCAGCACUGGGUAACAUCUGUUGGAGCACUGAUGUAGCAGUCACUUUUCUUGCUCAUUUGUGUCCUCUCCCCGACUAGACUGUGAAUUCCUUGUGAUUAGGGACUGAGCCUUGUUCAUUUUUGUAUCCUCAGGGUCUAGCCCAGUGUCCCACUUGGAACAAGUAGGCAGUUGCUCAAUAAAUGUUUGUC